CCCUGCCUCUUGUCCUUUCUUGUUCUCUGCUCCUUUCUCGGGUGAGCGUAGUCGCCUCCCCUUCUUCUCUGCUCCUUUCUUCGACCCAGUCAAAGUUAGCGCCGUUGUGAGAAAGAGAGGGACGUGAAGGAGAGAGGAGUCCAUGGAGUUCGGCCUCACAUCGCUCUCGUGCUUUCUCCUUUCUGUUUUAGUCCUCGUCAAUGCUGGCUUGUCAUCGGCUGCCUCGCUCGCCUUCUACAACAAGUGCCGGGAGACUGUGUGGCCGGGCAUCCAACCCAGCGCUGGCAAGCCAGUUCUCGCCCGCGGUGGCUUUCAGCUUCUUCCCAACCAGGCUUAUUCCGUCAGUCUCCCCGACGGCUGGUCUGGCCGAGUCUGGGGCCGCCAGGGCUGCGACUUCCACCCCGCCAAUGGACGCGGCCGCUGCGCCACCGGCGACUGCGGUGGUUCUCUCUUCUGCAAUGGCCUCGGCGGCGCGCCGCCUGCGACACUGGCGGAGAUCACCCUUGGUGACGGCCGCGCUCAGGAUUUCUACGACGUCAGCCUUGUGGACGGCUACAACCUCGGCAUGUCAAUGACGCCCUUCCGCGGGAGCAGCGGGCGGUGCGGCCGUGCUGGAUGCGUCAGCGACCUGAAUGAGGUCUGCCCGGCGGGCCUGGCAGUGCGCGGCGGCAGCGACAACCGCGUAGUCGCAUGCAAGAGCGCUUGCUCCGCCUUCGGAUCCCCGCGGUACUGCUGCACCGGCAGCUUCGGGGGCCCGCAGCAGUGCAAACCCACGGCUUACUCGAGGUUGUUCAAGGCAGCGUGCCCCCGAGCCUACUCCUACGCCUACGAUGACCCCACCAGCAUUCUCACCUGCACCGGCGCCAGCUACCUCAUCACUUUUUGCCCUCAGCGCUAGAUUACUCACUUUCAUAGUCAGUUGCUGGUAGUACUAGUAGCGUAGUGAUGGUCUGGAUCUUCAAUCUAAAAUAUUCAUCCAUUAGGAGAAAUGUACUAGUCGGUGAACUGCUAUCUGCAUCUCGUGGAUGUUAUGUGAUAUGGUCUGCCGCCGGUAGGUCUUUACUUGAUCUUUACCUUGCACGUGCUUUUCUUGCAAAA